GACACAUGCGCAGUGCGCUGGUUUGAGUCAGACUCAUCGACGGCUGGAGCGCAGAGUGAUGGGAGCAGAGUGAAGAACAGCAGCCUGCGAUCACUCUCCCGACAGGUUAUGACAGAUGUGAAGGAUGACUUCUUGCUCAGAGAUUUGUGGGUCAGAUUAUGCUGAGCAGGGCCAUGGUGCGCUCAGCAGUGGUUACCAAGGUUACGGGGUGCGUUCCUAUCUGCACCAGUUUUACGAGGAGUGUACCGCAUCCAUCUGGGAGCGCGAUGAAGAUUUUCAGACACAGAGAUCGCCUAGUCGCUGGAGCUCUGUCCUCUGGAAGGUCUGUCUCGCGUUGGGAGCUCUGAUUCUUGUAGCCGGGUUAUCAGUGCUGCUGGUGGGCUAUGCUACUCCCCCUCGGCUAGAAGCAUUUGGUGAAGAUGAGCUGCUGUUUGUGGAUGGCCGUGCUGUACGCUUUAACCGGGCACUGGACGCCUGUAAGCUGGCUGGAGCCGUGCUUUUCUGCGUGGGUGGCAGCGGUAUGGCAGUGGGGCUGCUGCUGGCCGCUUGCUCUCAGGGUACCUCGAAAGAAGAGCUCCAACUGCAACAACGUUUCAAAGAGCGUUUAGCCGAGAUCCAGGCUUCCGUUCAACCAAUCACUCGCGCUCCUACCCCAGGAGAGGGUAAAGUGCCCGUCACUCUCUCUAAGGUGCAGAAUGUCCAACCCGGGGCAGAGACCUGACCUCUGCCCCCCCUUUACCACUGAAGCACCCCCUGUUAAACAUCAGCUAACUGGGUUUCAAAUGGUUUCAAACUAAACGGCAGUUCCAGGAACAGUAGAGAUAGAUAACACUGCACUUUCUCUGAUGAAUAUCAUUUGUCUAUAUUGACCAAGAGUACCAAGAGUAUUUAUGGCGAUAAGGCUUUAACGUAACUGUAACCUGUAGAUUAUCAAGCUACAACACUGGUAACUGCUGAUCCUAAAUAAAGAUAUGCAGCACAAAUAUACUCAUGUGCUACGCCGAUCGCUAAUAACAACUGCUAGGAAACAAAAAAAAUCUAUGAUCACUGGGCAGCUGUUUUAAAGAGCAACUUCUGACAUAUUCUUAAGAGGCAUUAAAGCAUGUGGCUGAAAUUAAUUAUGCAUACCAAUGCAAACAUUAUCAAUUGAGCAAGAAUGGUUUCUCCAUUACACUCAACCUUCAAUCUUAAAAAUUAACCAGAAUAAUCUUUGUAGUUUAUGAUGCUUUACAACUUCCCCAGUAUAGGGAAAAUUUACAUAGAUUCACAAUCAUAAUUCCUAUCUUGAUAUAUGACAAUGAGUUAUAUUACACAUUGAAAGUAACUUGGUAAAACUCAUAAAACAAGCAAAAAUUAUAUCAAGACCUUGUGUGUUACUAGCUGAUUCAUCAUCUCUACCUUACCAACAUCUGUCAAUGGAAACUACAAACAAUUUUCACUGCUUGUUCAAAACCCUUCACAUUGGCUCAUUUCCAUCACCUAAGGCACACAUUUUCUCAAAUUCUCUCCCAACCUAACGCUGUACUGUCUAUUGCUACAGUCAAUCAUUAGUUACUUGACAGAACACAAUGUGUUUCAGACAGCUGAAGCUACAAUUUCACACUGCGGCAUCAUCUCAAUACCAUGCAUCUCUCCUUCCUACUCAAAUGCAUCAUCACUUGCAAUAUCAAGGGCAAAAAUAGAUUAACGUCAAGAGAGGCCUGUGGGAUUCUGUAAUAUCAUCUCAUUGUGUAGCACAUAAUUCUUGCUUCAGCCUCCAUUUUCUCAAGAGAGCAUUAAGCCCAGUCACUGUCUGUAGGUAAUUACACUCAUUGGAGCAGAGCCUAUUAAGAGUUUCCAUGUGCUUGAAGAUAAUGCCACUUUUUCUUUCUUUCCGUGUUUGGUUUGUACGGCCUGUACUUUCUUGUGGUGCUGUUUGGAUUCAUGGUAGCUCCACUGCCGUGGUGUGCUAUCACAUUCACUGUCUGUUUCAACCCUACAUUUUUUCCCCCAAAUGUUUUGUCACAAAUAUUUGUGGCAUCAAUUCUUAAAAAUGUAAAUCCUUAGAAAAUGUAUUUUGUGUAGGUACUUUAUUUGAGUCAUAUUAUUCACUUUGAUUAGAGCAAAUAUUGCAUGAUCACACAGUUCAAAAACAUUAUACACUUUUCCUGAAAUUAUAAUUAUUUUUGUCAUUCAUUGACUAUGAAUUAAGAUUUUUAUGCUUAUUCCAUAUCGAGCGGUGCAUUAAAAUUUUGGAAAUGUAAAGGCUUGCUAAUUUUAUGAACCUCUCACACUGAACACAGGGUAGUAUAAACUAUUUAAAAGUUCAUUUAAUCUCUCAUCAAGGUAUACUGGAGCAAAUUAAGUCUAAAAUAUAUGAAAAUCACGAGCUGUUACAAUAAUUUGCAUUAAUUUAGAGCCAAUUGUUUAAAAUGACUUAAAUUGACAUGGCAUCGAUUGUGACUUUACAGAAGUGUGUCGUUUGCAACGUCUGUAAUUCUCUCAAAAUAUAAAAGCUUUUUGUUUGAGCAGUCAAAUUUUGGAAAGGAAAGAUAAAGUAUUAAAAAUGUUAUGUAGCAGUUUGUACUCUUGGAACAUGUCUGUUUUUCAGAAAACAGAAUAAACAUAAAUGUUUGUUA